AUGUCUGCAACAUCGUUUGAUGAUCUUCCUCCUCAAACAAUCAUCGAAAUCCUCUUAAGACUGCCUGUGAAAGACCUUGUGAGGUCAACUUCAGUCAACAAAACAUGGGAGUUGUAUCUUUGGAAUCCUUAUGUUAAGCGACAUAGAGUACUUGUUUCGAGUUGUUAUAAGAAGCAUCUGAAUAACCUGGAAACGACGUGUGCUUUGGGGAUGGGUUUUGACAAGCUCAUGAAUGAUUACAAAAUUGUAAGGAUUAUUUAUGUUGAGGAUGACCAGGGGGAGCUGUUGGGUGAUGUAGCUACUAAGGUUGAAAUUUUUAGCCUGACGGAGAACGUAUGGAGGAAGAUUAAAAACCCUGGAGUUCCACGACUAGAUAUUGAAGAUGGGGUUUUCGUUGAUGGUUGUUAUUACUGGUUCGAAAGAAACUAUGCCAUAGUUGACGACACCAGUACUUGUCAUGGUCACAAACUGAGGAUAAUGUCCUUCGAUUUUCAUUCUGAGCUGUUUGGGGAAUUUAACCUCCCCGAUGAUCUUUCCCAAAUUUUGGCAAGAAAUCCCAUAAAUAAGCUUAUGCGGUUUGAGGAUUCACUUGCUCUUUGUGUUCUAGACGAACCACUAAAUAAGGGGGACUCUGGUCUUCCUUAUUGUAUAUGGUUGAUGAGACAAGAAAAUGGUGUGGUCACCUGGACUCUGCGUUUUAGAUAUGUACUUGAAGAGUGUGGGUAUCCUUUAGCCAUUACCAAGAACGGGACCCUAGUAAUAGAGUUAUUUUGCUCAAAGAACCCCGGUUUGGCAACCAUUGUCUUUUGUAACCAGAGCAUGAUUCAUCAAGAUCAUGGAUUUGGUGAAUGUGUGGGUCCAGUAGAGAUUUCAACAUCGGUUUUAAUCUUUCUACUGUCGACACUUCCUUUCGAGAGAGUUUAA